AGUAAGACUGUAAGAGAGAGAUUAAUCAAUAUAAGAGGGUGGAGAAAGAGAGGAGAUGAAGAUUGGAGGAAGAACGCAGACGCACAUAAAAUGAGUCCAGAAGAAGUGAAAAGAGCAGGAGUGGAGGAGUCCAAGGGGCCAUCAGGGCACAAUAAGCUUGGUGGUAUGAGAAGAAGAUUACCCUACAGCCCUAAGACCAUGGCUCUCGGCGGUGUUCUCAUCGUCGCCACUGUCGGCUACUUCACCUUAUACGCCAAGAAAAAGCGCGAAGCCAGGGACCAAGAUGUUGGCAGAGUAACCACCAGUGGCACCCAGUCGGAGGACAGCCGUCCCGGCAAGUAGGGUGUGUAUGUAAAA